AUGACGGACGGGCACAGUGCCCCUCCAGCCGAUGCGCCGGCGCCCGCUGCAGCGGCCGACACUGCUACCGCGCCUGUUCCAGCCGACGUUCGCUCGCAUGCUGUUCACCAUGAUGCGACCCCAGCCCAUGAGAAGGAGCAGGCCUCCGUGGGUCGUAUCACCCCGCGACCGACGUUUUUGGAACAUCUAGCUACCUCGCGAGACUCGCAGUUCCAUCUGGAUCGACGAGAUUCAAGUGAAUUGGAGCGGUACUUUCAUGGUCCCCGCAACAUGGAGAAGCACUCCAAGUGGCCCAUCAUGAUGCGGAUGCACGGCAGUGUCAUGCCGAAGAUGAUUCUCCCGCUUUUGACUGUAGCUAUUUGGUCGACUGCUGUCACUGUCUUUUCGAAAAAGGUCCAUGAUCUUGGUAUCAACAACAUCCUGCUCACCGUGCUGGGUUUCGUGGUGGGUUUGGCUCUGUCAUUCCGCAGCUCGACUGCGUACGAGAGAUGGGCUGAUGGACGCAAAUACUGGGCUCAACUCGUCCAAACAUCCCGCAACCUAUCACGUAUAAUCUGGAUCAACACCGGCGAACGCGAAGGAGAGGAAGGAAAAGAUGACAUCCUGAGAAAACUCUCCGCGAUGAACCUCAUUCUCGCUUUCGCCGUCGCACUCAAACACAAACUUCGCUUCGAGCCCGAUAUCGCCUACGAAGAUCUGGCUGGUUUGGCUGGACACCUGGACACUUUUGCCCGUGACGCUCAUGACCGCAUGGUUGUGAACCCCCCGUCAAAGACGAUGUGGAAGUCCGCUGGCGAAUACCUUGGUGUCUCAUUUGCCGAGUCCAAUCCUCGCAAAUAUGUCAAGCGAUCGAAGAAGCCUUUGGGACAUUUGCCCCUGGAGAUCCUUAACCAUAUUUCCGCAUAUAUCGAUUCUUGCGUUACAAAUGGCACUAUGGUGUCGACCCUUCAUCAAGGACAAGCUAUCACCAUGGUCGGUACCCUGAAUGAGGUUAUGACAGGCAUGGAACGUGUUUUGGACACUCCCUUGCCUACCGCAUACAGCAUUGCCAUUGCUCAGAUCUCAUGGAUCUACAUCUUGGUUCUUCCAUUCCAACUCUACAAUGCUCUCUCCUGGAUUACUAUCCCGGCCUCAAUCGUGGCUGCGUAUAUUAUUCUCGGUCUAGCUACAAUUGGUAGUGAAAUCGAGAAUCCUUUCGGUCAGGACGUGAACGAUCUUCCCCUCGACAGUUACUGUCGCCAGAUCGCCUUGGAAAUCGACAUCAUGACCGCCACACCUCGACCGAACGUCGAUGACUUCAUGUCCCGCGAUGAUAACCUCGUUCUGUUCCCGCUCAGCCAGUCAGGAUAUCCUGAAUGGAAGGAUCGAAGCCUUGAGGAUAUUCGUGGGGCGCUCAGAACCAAGGUGGUCGUUGGUCCGUCGACUGCUGGUUCGGACAGUUCAACGCUUGUUGAAAAUUUGUCAACCAAGAACAGUGGUCACUCAGUCUAG